UUAGGCUAUUGAACAGGGCCCGGAGAAUAUAAUUACGUACUUGUAUAUUUCUCGACCUUUCUUGAUUCAUGUUACCAAUCAAAACAAAAAUGGUGGUCGACAUGGAGCUGCAAGAAGCUAAAGAUGCUGUUCUUCAAUUAAUAAAGGAUAAAGAAAAAAUUGAAUCUACUCUACAAGCGCUGAAGGAACUCUUAGAUUCCAAUCAAAUUGACAUGGAUGAAUCACUGGUGGACUCUGAAGGAUAUCCCAGACAAGAUAUUGAUGUUUAUCAAGUGAGGCAUGCAAGGCACAAAAUAAUAUGUCUCAGAAAUGAUCAUAAAGCAUUAAUGAAAAAGAUAGAGGAAGGAUUGCAUAAAGUUCAUGCCUUAGCAGAGGGAAGUAAAGCACAAGACUCUGUAACUCCCAAUGUAUCUGAUAGUCUGGAGACAGAAACGCUGGAACCUUUCCUUAGAGUGAAUUUAGUUUCACCUGGUUCACCAGCAGAAAUCGCAGGAAUUCAAGUUGAAGAUCUGAUACUGGAAUUUGGAUCCAUUCAUUACCGAAACUUUAAAUCUUUAACAGAUAUUGGAAAAUUAGUGGAAAAUAGCAGAUACAAGGUAAUUAAUCUAAAAAUCAAACGUGGAUCCAAUGUCAUAGUUCUAUCAUUAACUCCACGCCCCUGGGUCGGCAAAGGUCUCUUAGGUUGCAAUGUGAUACCUUUAGAAAUAGUUGAGAGAUAAAGUUAAUUAGUAAGAGCGAUACAUAAAGUUAUUAAGUUAAUCAGUAAGUGAUCAUACAAACUAUUUUUAUGUGUAUCUUAUUAAUGUAUCUUUGUAAAUUAUUCCUAAUAUGUAUUCUUACUAUAUAUCUUGUAUUAUAUUUUGGGAUUAAAUAGAUUCUGAGUAAAA